AUGUCUGCGCAGAACGAGUCGGCUGCCUGGCCCAAGGCCGAGGACCCUGCUCUUGUCCAGGAACUCUUGGACUGCGUGCAGCAGGCGAGCCACUACCGGCAGCUCAAGAAGGGCGCCAACGAGGCCACCAAGUCCAUCAACCGCGGCACCAGCGAGCUUGUUAUUCUCGCCGCCGAUACCCAGCCGCUGAGCAUCGUCCUCCACAUCCCGCUCAUCAGCGAGGAGAAGAAUGUGCCCUACGUGUACGUUCCCAGCAAGGUUGCUCUGGGCCGUGCUUGCGGUGUCUCGAGAGCCGUCAUCGCCGUUUCCCUCACUUCCAACGAGGCUUCGGACCUGAACUCGAAGAUCCGCGCCCUGCGCGACAAGGUUGAGAGACUUGCCAUGUAA